AUGAAACUGCCAGUGCUUGACAAAUUUUGCUUCUGCUUAUCACUAGAAGUUGGUGGCUACAUCAUUGGAUGGUUCAACAUCAUUUCUGGAUUAUUUUCAGUCUUACUUAUAUCAAUUCUGUUGACUGUGAUUAUUACAGUCUCUGAAGAGAAACGUGAAGAAUAUUUAGGCACGUUCUACAAAAAUUUACAUAAUAUGACAACUCAUGGAAUGGAUGAGAAUCCUUCAAUUGCUGGAAUUUACUUCAACUUAAUUGUUGGUAUUAUGUUUGGAAUAAUUAAUGUUAUAGCUGGGAUACUGUUGAUUCAUGGAAUCCGAUCUGUAAAGCACCAAAUAAGUCAUUCAAGCUCAUUUUAA